GUUCUAUGUUAGUACACUAUUUAUUCUCCAGUUGUCUGCACACUCCUUUCUUCACUGCAAUUCCAUCACUGUUUCGGUGUGAAGUCCAAAGCGUGCGUGUGAGAAGGACCGACAAACAUGGUGCUACUAGAAGGGCUGUUGUGGAAUCUGAUCACUACUAUCUGGACCACGUGCUGCAUUAAUAAUUACUUAAUUCUGCUAGUGGUCCUCGUAAUAUUGGUAUCUGUUAGGAUUUCUCAAAUACUGAGCGAGAUCCGAAGUCUUCCGCCUGGACCAUGGGGAUUUCCUGUCAUCGGUUACUUGCCCUUCCUGAAAGGCAACGCUCACCACCUGCACUACAGUGAUCUUGCUAGUAAAUAUGGGACCAUGUUCAGCACGAGACUGGGGAACCAGCUGGUUGUGGUUCUUAGCGACCACAAGACGAUCCGGGAAGCUUUUCGCAGGGAGGAGUUCACAGGGCGUCCCCACACCGAAUUCAUCAAUAUCCUCGGAGGUUACGGUAUCGUCAAUAGUGAAGGUCGUCUCUGGAAGGACCAGCGGCGCUUUCUGCACGAGAGGCUGCGACAAUUUGGAAUGAAAUACUUAGGCGCUGGAAAGGAGCUAAUGGAGACCAGAAUCAUGGGAGAAGUUAGUGCUCUGCUUAGAACGCUGUCCCGUCUGGAAGGGACUCCAACAGAUCUGGGUCCCGGACUUGCCAUGGCGGCUAGCAACAUCAUUUGUGCCCUUACAAUGAGCGUGCGUUUCGAGCGUAAUGACAUACGCUUCAAGCGCUUCAUGGGUCUUAUUGAAGAAGGCUUCAAGCUGUUCGGUUCCCUCGAAACAAUCAAUUUUAUUCCAGCCAUGCGGUUCAUACCCUGUUUCAAAGCCACAAGCAGGAAACUAGCAGAGAAUCGGUCGGAAAUGGCACAAUUUUUCCAAGAGACAAUUGACAAUCAUCGAGCAACUUUCGACCCAAGCAACGUUCGUGACCUGAUUGACACGUACCUGGCAGAAAUUCAGCGAGCGAAGGAAGAAGGUCGUGGCGAGACGCUGUUUGAGGGAAUGGAUCACGAUCGUCAUAUACAACAAAUCAUCGGUGAUCUGUUUUCUGCUGGUAUGGAGACUGUUAAGACCACGGUACAGUGGGCUGUGGUUUUCCUGCUUCAUAACCCAGAGAUUACAAAAGCUGUGCAAGAAGAACUGGACGAAGUUGUUGGCAGGGGAAGACUUCCCAAACUUGAAGAUAUUCCCUAUCUACCUUAUACAGAAUCGACGAUACUGGAAGUUCUGAGGCGGUCCAGCAUUGUUCCACUGGGCACGACGCAUGCAGCAACUCGUGACUCGUAUCUAAACGGCUUCAAGAUUCCAAGGAAUACACAGAUUGUGCCACUGCUACAUACUAUCCACAUGGAUCCGAAGUUGUGGGACGAACCUGAGAAAUUUAAACCAACGAGGUUUCUCAACGCGGAAGGCAAAGUCACCAAGCCAGAAUACUUUCUUCCGUUUGGUGUUGGCAGAAGAAUGUGUUUGGGAGAUGUACUGGCACGGAUGGAACUAUUCCUAUUCAUUUCGUCAAUUCUUCACGUCUUUCACAUAGAACUGCCCAAGGAUCAACCAUUACCAAGUCUUCAGGGUAACGCAGGCAUUACAGUUACUCCGGACACAUAUAAGGUAUCAUUAAUUCAGAGGCCAUUGGAAAUCGAUUUGGAUUUGCAAUGUAACGACGUCGAAAAUUUAUCACUCAGGAACGUCGGUUGUCAUUGAGUGAAAUGAGAAGGCACCCGUU